CAGCUCCCUCACCUCGAGUUCCUCGCCGCCCACUUCCCCCCUCCCCCCUCCACAACCCCAGAGGCAUCUCUAACUCUGCGUGUCUGUGCGUGGCCUACGAUUCUUGUUGGUAGACUCUUGUUGAAUGACAAUUCCCCCUUCAGCCAUGGCUUCCCAGGUCACCGAGGUCAACCAGACCAACAACACCGGCGCCACCGGCGGGACGCCGCUCCGCCGCGACUCGGACCCGGCACUGGACAUCCACAACCAGCAGCAUCACCACCACCACCCCAGCGCUGUCGAUGCCAAGGGCCACGGCGACAAUGUGACGUACGUGCCGACUGACGUCUCGACCGUUCCUCACCACGCCGAUGCGCCACACGACAUCGAGAAGGGCGAAAAGCUCAGCGGUCCUCCUGACUACGACGGCGAGAAGGCAGCUGUGGUGUCCUCCAACGAUGAAGAGGAAGAGCCACAGCGUCGUAGCAUUUUCGCCUGGUUCAAAAGAUGGUGGAAGGCAAUUUACAAGGACUACAGGUUCCAUGUCCAAUCCGUGGUCAUCCUUUUGAUAACCGCCUGGUGGGUUGCUUCUCUCGUGUUGCACCGAAACGACAAGAAUUGGGUUGUUCCAUUCCUCGUAUGGCUCGGCUGCUUCCUCCGCUACGUUUUCAACUUCGUCCCGAGCUCCUACGCCGCCCGGCCCAUCAAGUUUGCGUGGCAUCACAGCGCCGUGUACAUCUACAACUUUAUCCCCGCCAAGUUCCGCACCUUGGCCGGCGGCGCCUUGACGCUCGCCGUCAUCAUCGUCGGUACUUUCGCAUCGGAGGAGGUGGCCGACAACACCCAUGAGAACCGCGCCGUCUCCAUCUUCGGUCUGGUGUUCUUCUUGUUCUGCUUCUGGGCGACGUCCCACGACCGCAGGCGCAUCAACUGGCGUCCCGUCAUCGGUGGCAUGUUGUCGCAGUACAUCAUCGCGCUUUUCGUGCUUCGCACCUCCGUCGGAUACGACAUCUUCAAGUUCAUCGCCGACCGCGCGGGUGACUUGCUCGGCUUCGCCAACCAGGGAACUAUUUUCUUGACCGCUGAGAGCGUCAUCGACCUCCACUGGUUCAUCUCCGGCGUCAUCCCUCCCAUCAUCUUCUUCGUCGCCCUUGUCCAGCUCAUGUACCACGUCGGCUUCCUCCAGUGGUUUAUCAGCAAGUUCGCAACCUUUGUCUUCUGGGCGCUCGAGGUGUCCGGUGCCGAGGCCGUCGUUGCCGCCGCCACCCCCUUCAUCGGCCAGGGCGAGUCUGCCAUGCUGGUCCGUCCUUUCGUCCCUCAUAUGACCAAGGCCGAGAUCCACCAGAUCAUGACGUGCGGUUUUGCAACCAUCUCCGGCUCCGUUCUCGUUGCCUACAUCAACCUCGGCCUCAACGCCCAGGCCAUGGUGUCGUCCUGCGUCAUGUCCAUCCCUGCUUCCAUCGCCAUCUCCAAGCUUCGCUACCCCGAGAACGAGGAGACCCUGACCGCCGGAAAGGUCGUCAUCCCCCCCGACGACGAGCACGAGGCCAAGAACGCCAUCCACGCCUUCGCCAACGGUGCUUGGCUGGGUAUCAAGAUCGCCGGUACCAUCAUCGCCUGUCUUCUCUGCAUCUUGGCCUUCAUCGCCCUGAUUGAUGCUUUGUUGACUUGGGUGGGAAGCUACAUCCAGAUCAAGGAACUGACCAUCAACUUCAUCACCGGUUACCUUUUUGUUCCGCUUGCGUUCUUCCUGGGUGUUCCCCGUGACGGAGACUUGCUUAAGGUCGCCCGCCUGAUUGCUAUGAAGGUCGUCGCUAACGAGUACGUUGCUUUCUCCGCGAUGAAGGAGCCCGAAUAUCUCGAACUCUCUCCUCGCUCUCAGCUGAUUGCUACCUACGCCCUAUGCGGGUUCGGCAACAUCAGCUCUCUCGGCAUCCAGAUUGGUAUCUUGAGUCAGUUGGCUCCCAGCCGUGGUGGCGACGUCAGCGCUUUGGCUGUCUCCGCCUUGUUCUCUGGUGUCAUAGCGACCUUGACCUCUGCUGCUGUUGCUGGUCUUGUUGUCACUCAUCAGACGACUCAGCUGGCUUGAUCAAGGAAUGCCGAGGCUAGAAAGAGAAGGACGGCCUUGUCGAAAUAAGCGGCAAGGAAGCUUUGAGAGAAGUAGACGAUGUACGAUGUCGAUGAGGGCGCUCCGGUUGCCUUGAAUAAAGAGAGGAAAGAAGCAUACGUGCUAGGAGUAAUAGCAAAAUAAUCAUACCCUUCGCCAGCAAGCGAGCUGACCAAUGCAAUAUGGACUACCAAUCCCCCUCUGUCGCGAGUGGCUGUUGGGGGGGUUCUGGAAAUUCAAUAACACGAUGAAUCUGGUCAAGACGUGAUCUUGGGUAUUCUUGCGCGACCUGCCUUGUCCUUUAAUAACCCAAUCAAUCCUUUUC